AUGAGAACUAUCUUGAGUUUCAAGAACAAAGAGUUGGUUAUUGAAUUACCCAUUAAUGAAGAAUCCAUGAGCUUCAAGAGCCUGAAAGCACACAUUUCAACACUCAAAAAUGAAGUUAAUAUGAAUAGAGACAAUAACUUGGUUUCGGAGAAAGCAAAAACUCUUGAAAAAGCUGAAACCAAGUUAACGUUGCAGAAGUUUUACAAGAGUUAUUGGACUAGAAGAAACCAAGCUGCUUGUGCUGUGGUUAUUGAGACGCUAAGCUGGAAAGAAAUGGAGUGUGCAGCUCUCAGGCAAAGUUCUGUGUCAUUCUUUACUGCUGAUCAUAAGUCAGAAACUGUUGUUUCCAAAUGGCAAAGGGCUUUAAUUAGGGCUGCCAAGGUUGGAAAAGGUUUGUCCAAGGAUGAGAAGGCUCAGAAAUUAGUUCUCAUACACUGGCUUGAAGCUAUUGAUCCACUUCAUCGCUAUGGUGGCAAUCUCCACCCUUAUUAUGAUGUCUGGUUAGAAAGUGAGAGCAAUCAGCCUUUCUUCUACUGGUUGGACAUUGGAGACGGCAAAGACCUCAGCCUUGAGAAGUGCUCAAGGGCUGAUUUACAGCUUCAAUGCAUCAAAUAUCUUGGACCUAAAGAGAGGGAGGCGUAUGAAGUAAUAAUGGAAAAUGGUAAACUUGUAUACAAACAAUCUAGGGUUUUCGUGGAUACGCCCAAAGGUACUGUAUGGAUAUUUGUCCUAGGUACUUCCGGGGACUUCUAUGUUGGGGAGAAGAAGAAAGGCUUCUUUCAGCACUCAAGUUUUCUUGCUGGGGGUACAACAAAGGCAUCUGGGAGAUUGGUUGCCCACAAUGGCAUCCUUGAGGCUAUAUGGCCAUAUAGCGGCCAUUAUCGUCCAACAAAAGAACAUUUCAAAGAAUUUUGCAGCUUCUUAGAGGAUCAUCAGAUAGAUUUGACAACUAUCAAGAAAUUUGCAAUUGAUGAAGAUACCCCUCCUAAAGUUAUACAAAAAGUGGAACCUAUUAAAUCAGAAGAGUCUGCAGUAGUAACUCGUGAAUCCAUUGACGAGGCAAAAAAGCAUGCCUCAGAGAAAGAAGAAGAAUCCAUCAAAAUGAAAGUGGAAUUUAUGAAGAAGCCACCAUUGUUACAAACAUGGAGCAAAGUGGCGGGUCCAACAAAGCUUCAGUUUCAUACAGUUGAACAAGUUCUCAAUUUGUCUCCUAGAAGUUCGGUUAAGCCUGCAGGGUCAUUUUUAAUAAGUAGUGGACUUGUUGCUUCUCCAAGACCUAGUUCAAAGAUUCAGUUCUCUCCUAGUACACUUGCAUGCUUAGGGUUAGGACUCCCUAAUCCAAUUCAUCUUUCUAAUUUAACUAAUAAUUAG